AUGGCCUUUAAAACUCCUAUUGGUACCACUCCUUACCGCUUGGUUUAUGAUCUCCAUGAAUCAGAAGAGCUUUGUUUGGAUGCUUAUGAUUCUGCUAAUUUGUACAAAGCUAGAGCCAAAGAGGUGCAUGAUAAGCUCAUUGAGAAGAAGGAGUUCAAUCCCGGAGAUAAGGUGCUCCUUUACAAUUCAAGAAUAAGACUUUUUCCCAGAAAGUUGAUGUCCCGUUGGACCGGUCCAUUCGUUGUUCAAGAGGUCUUCCCAAAUGGUGCUAUUGAAAUUUCUCCUUUGGACCUCUCAAGGACUUUCAAGGUCAACGAUCAUAGGCUUAAGCGUUACUAUGAUGGAGUUUUUGUUGGGGUCAUUCAUGAUAUGACUCUCUAUGAUCCACCUUGA